AUGGGCGCAACGUGGGAUAGGCCUCCGGGUCUUCACAAGCACCAAUCGACGAGUCAAUCCUUGGGAAACCCCAGAGCAGCGGAUGAAUUACCUGGCACGCGGCCUGAAACGGUGAAAAAUGCCUCUCUUACCAUACCGGCAACGACAAGAAAGGAUCCGUUGGCCCUCGAUGACAAAACAAACAAGGAGCAGAGGAAGGCAGAUUGGGCGAUCAUAAAAGAGAUGUCACAGUAUUUGUGGCCUAAAGACAACAUGGGAACGAGACUUCGGGUUGGAUUAUCUCUGGGUUUGCUAGUUGGCGCCAAAGUAUUGAAUGUGCAAGUACCUUUUUACUUCAAAAGCAUUGUCGAUGCUAUGAAUGUCGAUUUUGCUGCCCUUGGAGGCACAGCUACAACCGUCGCUGGGUCGAUGAUAUUGGCUUAUGGCCUUACUAGAGUUGGGGCUACUCUAUUCCAAGAAGUCCGGAAUGCAGUCUUCGCCAGCGUUGCACAAAAGGCCAUAAGAAAAGUGGCUUGCAAUGUUUUUGAUCAUCUAUUGAGACUUGACCUCAAUUUUCAUCUCUCAAAACAAACGGGCGGCCUUACUAGAGCUAUCGAUCGGGGUACAAAAGGAAUAAGUUUCUUGCUCACGUCUAUGGUUUUUCAUGUCUUCCCAACAGUAUUAGAGAUAUCCAUGGUAUGUGGUAUCUUGACCUACCAAUAUGGCGCCAAAUUCGCCGCUAUCACGGCUCUCACCAUGGUGGCCUAUACAGCAUUUACCAUUUCGACCACUGCUUGGAGAACAAAAUUCCGAAGGGCAGCCAAUGCUGCAGACAAUAAAGGAUCAACGGUUGCGGUAGACUCUCUGAUCAACUAUGAGGCUGUCAAAUACUUCAACAAUGAGAAGUACGAGGUUGGUAGGUAUGACCAGGCACUCAAGGCUUACGAGAAAUCAUCAAUCAAGGUCGCAACAUCUUUGGCAUUCCUCAACAGUGGACAAAACUUGAUCUUCUCUAGUGCAUUAACUGCCAUGAUGUACCUAGCUGCAGACGGCGUAGCCACAGGAAACCUAACCGUUGGUGAUCUUGUUAUGGUCAACCAAUUGGUCUUUCAGCUGUCGGUUCCGUUGAAUUUUCUGGGGUCAGUCUACCGAGAACUUCGACAAUCCUUAUUGGAUAUGGAGACACUUUUCAACCUGCAAAAGGUUAAUGUGGCUAUCACGGAACCUCCGAACGCGAAGCCCUUGCAGCUCACUAAAGGCGGUGAGAUCACAUUUGAGAAUGUAACGUUUGGUUAUCAUCCGGAUCGUCCAAUCUUGAAGAAUCUCAGCAUGACUAUACCCGCCGGCAAGAAAAUUGCCAUUGUUGGACCUAGUGGCUGUGGGAAAUCGACAGUCCUGCGACUCCUGUUUCGUUUCUAUGACGCCCAGGAGGGAAGGAUCCUCAUCGAUGGCCAAGAUAUCCGCAACGUGAGGUUGGAUUCUUUGAGGAAAUCCAUUGGUGUCGUUCCUCAAGACACCCCACUUUUCAAUGAUUCGAUUCAACACAACAUCAGAUAUGGUAAUUUGGAGGCAUCUGACGAAAAGGUCAAGGAGGCAGCACAACGUGCGAAGAUACACAGCAUCAUCACCUCCUUUCCCGAUGGGUAUAACACCAUGGUUGGCGAGCGAGGAAUGAUGAUUUCUGGAGGAGAAAAGCAAAGAUUAGCAGUAUCAAGGCUUAUUUUGAAAGAUCCUCCCCUGUUAUUCUUUGACGAAGCGACAUCUGCGUUGGAUACACAUACGGAACAGGCACUCAUGCAAAACAUCAACAGCAUAUUGAAAGAAAAAUCAAGGACUAGUGUUUUCGUUGCUCAUAGGCUCCGAACAAUAUUUGAUAGCGAUAAAAUUAUAGUACUCAAGGAGGGGUCGGUGGCUGAAAGUGGUACGCAUAGGGAAUUAAUUGACACUGGUGGGGUAUAUUCGGACCUCUGGAGUGCACAGGAAACUCUUUUUUCCGAAACGCAGCAAGGCAAAGAACGGGAAAUCAAUGUUCCCGACAUCCCCAAGGAAGAGAGUAGAUAA